ACGGAGGAGCGGUGAGGAGCUGUCUGUGCGUGUGUCUGAGGUGUUGGACCAGCUUGGCUACAGUCAGUCCAUGGUUCAACUCAGACGGAAGGCUUGUAGAGAGUUGGAUGUGAAAUUGUACAGACACGAUCAUCACAUAACCAGAAUAGUCGCAGGCAGUAAAGGUGAGGGAUUUACUACAACGUUUGAGAGUGACACUGAUAUUGUGAUGCUAUACAACUACGCCGUGUGUAAAACACCAGGAGAUGAUUCCUUGACAUUUCCCAAUACCCACUUUAAGUUUACUAUGGACAGUGAACACUGCCACCCUGGACAUUUCAAACUGGAACUGACACAUACGGGUACAACUGAAGAUUCAAACAUUCAGCAGGCCCUUUUUGUCCAUGACAAUGGCAAAACAUAUGUCUCUAGUGAAAAGUACAGAACAACUUUCAUUAAAGAUAAAACGCAGGAAACAGUUUCUGGACCUGCUAUCACAGGGUGUAAUGCAUUUCAAAGUUGGGACAAUGUUAAUGCAUUCCGCUGUACCAGUCAACAACCGCUGCUAUCGCAGUGGAUGAGCAGACCAAGACAUCACAAUUGGCCAAAUCCUGACCUGAUAAAAGAGGUUUCCAAACUGGAGGCCCAAAUGGUCCCUGUGGGCUGUAAAAGUAGUGAACAUAAAGACAAUGAGUGGAGGGUCUGUUUUAUACUCAGUGAGCAAAGGCUUACUGACAGCUGGAAUAAGAACCAAUACAGAAUAUACAUAUUGCUCAAGUUGAUAAAGAAAUCCCUGCUAAAACCAAUAUCUGAUGAGAUAUCAUCGUACCUAAUGAAAAAUAUCAUGUUAUGGUUCACAGAGCAGAAUCCAGCUAAGAUAUUCAAGAAAAUAUAUUUACUUCAAAAUGUCAUAUCAUGCCUGAAAAGUUUGCAGGAUGCCAUAAAAUCCAACGAUCUCCCCUACUACAUGAUCCCUGACAGAAACUUGCUGACAGGCAGAAUCAACCCAGAACAACAAAGACAGCUGAUUGAGAAGCUAGAAGAAUUGAUAGAGGAAGGUCCCAGUGUGAUACUGAGAUGCCCAAAAGUGUGUGCAGCGCUGCAAAUGUCUCUGGUUGAGCUGACAAAGAAGGGUUGCUGGAAGGACAAAAUAGAGAAGCUGUAUCUGGAGAGGAUGAACAUAAGGCUGUCAUACUGGAGUCCUGGUAUGACGUAUGAUGAUGUAAUUCAGCUGGCCAAGAAAAAUCCACAGUACAACAGUUUGUAUGUCAGGAUAAAUGAUAUAGUCUGGCCUCAGUGGAGGGAGUACGAUGGAAGUGAUAAGUCGAAUGUAAUCGACAGGAAAUUUUUUGAUGCCCUACCAUAG